AAAAUAGCGACGUUCUGUUUCUGAUCGGACACAUUUUCUGGACGGACCUAAGAGAAGUUGGGAGCGCCGAUCAUUUCGGUUACCACCAGCCGCUAUCCCCUUGGAAACCAACCGUUAAACCAGUCCGUAGCCUGAUUGAAACGAUCCAAAGAUGCCCAAAAAGAAAACCGGUGCCCGGAAAAAGGCCGAGAGCCGAAAAGAGCGAGAGAAACAGUCCCGAGCCAACCGGGAUGUGAUCGACGUGGCCAAGCAUCCCUGCAACUUCACCAUGGAAUGCGACAAAUGUCAAAGAAAACAGAAGAACAGAGCUUUCUGCUACUUCUGUAAUUCAGUGCAGAAGCUUCCUAUCUGCGCUCAGUGUGGCAAAACCAAGUGCAUGAAAUCUUCAGAUUGUGUCGUCAAACAUCCUGGGCUCCACACCACUGGAAUGGCCAUGGUGGGGGCAGUGUGUGACUUCUGUGAAGCUUGGGUGUGCCACGGCAGGAAAUGUCUGAGCACUCACUCCUGUGUGUGUCCUCUGACAGAUGCAGACUGCAUCGAGUGUGAUCGUGCUGUCUGGGACCAUGGAGGGCGAAUCUUCCGCUGUAGCUUCUGUAGCAACUUCUUGUGUGAGGAUGAUCAGUUUGAGCAUCAGGCAAGCUGCCAAGUCCUCCAGGCAGAGACAUACAAAUGUGUUUCCUGUAACAGACUGGGACAACACUCCUGUCUGCGUUGUAAGGCAUGUUACUGUGACGACCACGCCAAGAGUAAGGUCUUCAAACAGGAGAAAGGCAAAAACCCCCCCUGCCCCAAGUGUGGUCACGAAACCCAAGAGACCAAAGACCUCAGCAUGUCCACUCGCACGUUGAAAUACGGCCGGCAGGCUGGAGCUGAUGAGGAGGAUGAUGAUGAAUACGGAGCGUCAGGUUACGACGCCUACUGGAAGAACCUGGCAUCUGGAGGAGACCAGCAGAGGGUCUACGACGAUGAGGACGACGAUGAUGACGACGACGAUGAUGAUGACGACGAAGACGAUGAGGAGGAAGAUGAUGAUGAGGAAGAUGAAGCUGUUGAGGAAAAGGCUGCAGUUGCUGUGGCUGGUCUUAAACUGGAAUGAGCUGGCACAAUCCCAUAGAUCCAAAAAAAUCCUCUGCAGAUGUUCACUUGUUACAGCGCAGGAAAGCAUAGAGAUAAACAUAAAUAGUUGGUAUAGCUGAAGCUGGGCGUCCAUUAUACUAAAAAUACGAUUUGGCACAUUUAGUAUUUGUCUAGGCUAAAAUUGGAUGAGGGGGUUAUAGUCCAAAAAAGACAAAAACUCCACUCAUUACACUCUGUAAAAUUAAGGUGGUCAUUUGUACUGUAGAUGUCUUCAAAUUGGUGAUAUGGUAAUGCUGGUCUAAAAUCAAAAGUAGUUAAAUCCCAACAUGCAGUAAGGUCUGUGAUGUCAUCAGGUUGAUCCAACGUGAAAACAUCUGGUCUUUCAAAAGAAAACCUCAUUGUUUUCCACAUUUAUUUAGCAAAUUUAUGAUUUUAUAAUUUCAGAUAAUUCAAAGUUUCUCUAUCGAUAAUAGACCAUUUUGAUCUGGGAAUUUCUGAGUUUUUUUUCUGCCAAUAUGAACUCCUUCCCCCAGCUGUAUUUUUUUGCAAAUGGCCCCAUUACGCCGUCACACCCAUCCUAGAGACAACUUGUGUUCUCUUAUGAUGUUAAAUGCAAUGUGUAUAUUUCGUCACAGGUCCCCUCCCCAAGACAAGAUACAGACCCGCGCAGUGUGAGGCUCCUGGAGUAUUUUUUCCAAUUAUAAAUACUCAUGUCAUAGCAUAAGCUUUCUUUGAAAGAUUUGAUGUCAUCCAAACAUUUGGAACAGAGCUGGAUAUUUCAACUUUGUCUUGGAGGUAUCAUGUAAUUUUUCAAUUGGUCAGUUUGAAUGGGCCGAAGGGUCUACAUACUACAAUACCCAUAAGCCUCAGUUUAAUGCCAAAUAAAAGCAGUUGCCAACUUUAUCAGAACUUGACCCAUGAUACAGUAUGAGUUUAAAUAAACAGCAGCUUGACCUUUCAAACAAAACACUUUCUUUCCGCUUGUUUGUUAUCAGGGGCACAUAAGAUGAUUCAUACACACACCUCGUCCUUGUUAGCUUCUUCUUCAGAUGUAUUCUGGGUAGUUGGUCAUAUUUUCUACUGUAAAAUCAACUUUUAUCUUUUUAUUGUAAUUCGGUAUAUUCCCUAACAAAGUAGCAGUUAUGAAAUCUUCACAAACCACACACACAAUCUGUGAUUGGUUUGUUAUCAAACCAUGUUACAGUUAGAACUAACUUUAUAUCAUGUUGUAUUCACAAUGUCUUUACUGUGUAAUAAAUGUUGAUCUGCUGAGGAGUUAAUGUUUCAUAUUGUGCUGAUCUGAUUGGGAUUCACCGCUUCAAUAUAACACAAAGGUUGUUCCAACAGCAUAACCUAUUUGCCCUGAUCCCUGUAAUGCAUUUGUGAAGACAUGUUAGUGUAAAAUAUGCCAUUAAAUAAUGGAUUAAUUGAUAA